AAUGGGAGCCACUGACAGGUCUGACCCAUUCCCCUUCCCAGGUACUCUCCGUGCCCCCACCCUCUACCUGAGCCUGAUGUCCGCCAGGCCAGGGGACUCCAUGUUGCUCCAGUGCUCCGUGUUCUCCCAGGCCCCCGCCACUCGCAUCAUCUUCUGCAAGGACGGGGGGGAGGUUUUGUUCCAGAUGGGUUCAGAAGAGAAGAUCACCUACAUCUACAACCAUACGGUGUCCAGUGGCAGCUCUGGGAAUUAUGCCUGUGGCUACGAGAUCAAGGACAGCAACAACCGGGUGAUCAAAUCCCAGCUCAGCCCUGCUAAGCACCUCAGUGUGACAUGGCUGGAUCUAAAGCUCCUGUUGGGAUUUACAAUCCCUGCUGUCCUGGUUCUCGGUGUGGUGCUUUAUCUGCUGGGAAAGAAAGGAAACGUGUCCAUGCCUCUGAUCACAUCGUCUAACUGCCUUUCAGCCAUGUCUCUCCCAAGGAAUCAAAGGGAACGAGUCCAGCGUGACACCAGUAACCCUUAUGAAGAUGAUAUUCACUACGCCUCAGUGGAUUGGCUGGGAAGCUCCAGGCAACCACCACCCCAGAGAGAAGAGACAUCAACAUACGCGGACAUCACUCUGCAGCAGGACAGAUGUCAUUAAUGCUCCACUUGCUGAAAUGUAGGACUCGUCAGUGUGCAGCUGCAUCACAGAACGUCCCAAAAUCAGAGGCAACUGUAGGGGCCAUGCAGCAAGAAAAUGGGGGACCUUCUCUGGGGCCACAGCUGGACAAUGCACAGUGCCCGAAGUGAUGCAUGAAAAAAUGUUUCUGCUGAACAAAAUUGGGGAAAAUAACCAAACUCUAUAUUCCUACGCCCUGACUCUUUAUAUCGACAGCUCCGCUCUGAAGUCCACUCAGUGCUGUUUAGAGAUUCCACUGCCAACCCAAAGUGUACAAAAAUCAUAAGGAAGGCCCUCCAAAAUCCCAAGAUUGUGUUUCAAUUCAUGGAAUUUUUUUUAAAUGUGAUUUUUGUAGCCUUUUAUUUGCCUUCUGGUGUUUGAGCCUUUUGGGGUCAGAUUUUCCAGUUUUUCUUCAUAACCAGGAGGGCUAGAAACUUAGUUUUUUAAACAAAAGCCAAAAUCCCCACCCAAUCUGAACAAUCCAGGAGCUGGGGCUCUAAGAAAAGCCACAAAUAGUUUGUAACUUAUUGUAAAAUCAUGAGAACUUACAACAGCAUCAGCGUCACCUUUGAACUUGCAGGUUCUGUGACCCACGUCUGUUAAAUGCCAUGUUGGUUUGUAGGGACGUUAUGAAAUUUAAAUAUCAACAAAAAGAAUCUGUGAAAAACUAUGGCUUUGUGAAACUGUGUUUGUUCCCCUCAGCCAGACACUGCAGCCAUGUGGUUGCAAGAGAACAUCAUGACAGCAUUUAGCUCCCUGGAAAGCAGUUACUGCAUGAAGCAAUUACAUUAUUCUAGUGUAUGUGAUCCAAGGACCUCUGAGCCAACUACCAGAGGUCCCAAGGGUACAUAAGGGUUACAAGGAUUCCCGGGGUCUGGGAUUUACAUUUCAGUGCAUCACGUGAGGUUUCUACUGAAAGCCUGGGUCACCCUGGGCCUCAUUAUUUUUGGCUCGCAGAUGGUGGCAUUAAUGAGUGACUAGAAACAAUAGGUAAGAUGGAGUUUCCCAGUGAGAUUGGUGCAAAGUCCCUUCUAGUGGGUGGGAAGGUGCCUUCACUUGGACAAGGCUGCAGGGGUCAGAGAUGAAAUAUUUCCAGGGGUUUGUGAUCUCUGCUGCCCUUCUUUAAGAAUUACAUGUUGUCUAUAAACCUCACAGUGGAAUCGCGGCACCAUCAACAUUCCCAGAUGUGAAAUGCAGUUAGGUGCAUCUUGCUGAAAGCUCUGUUUAGACAUAAGACAUCCAAGGGGGUAUGUGUCCUUCCAGUGGUGGGAAAUGCCCUGGCAACACAUACAGAUUAGCCUCAGUCGCUGUUCUCUGGUCAGUCAUCCGAUGACUAACCUGAUGGGAGUCUUACUCUGAUGAGAAAAAAAACCCCAGGGAAACUAACAACAGAAACCCAAAUAAUUAACAGUAGAUGGGACCUUUCACUUAAACAUUCUGCAUUACUAGGAUUUACCAUUUCUAUUCUGGUAGCACCUAGAGACUGACCUAGUCAGGGCCCCGUUGUGCCAGCACUGUAAAAACAGAGAGCAAAUGACAGCCCCUACCCCCAAGAGCUCAGAUAACUUUUGGGUGGGCAAAAGUACAGCCCCUCUCCUAGUGCUUUAAAACAAUUUUUAUACAAGAGCAUGUGGAGAGCCACAAUAUAGUUAUUUGAAGAUUUUCAGCAAGGGUUGCAUAGGGUUGACCUUUUUAAAAUUAAAUUUAAACAGAAUAAAAGUAAUGAACUUAAUUUUUUAUAAAUUAACUUCAUAAAAUUUUAUAAUCAUAAAAAUAAUAGCCUAAUUGUUACUAAAUAACACGACUAUUUUAUAAUGUAUGUAUAUUACUUUUCUUACAUAUAAAUAUAAAGAAAAGGGAAAUUAAAUUUGAACCAAUUAGUUACACAAAGUGAAAAGUAUCUUAGAGUUCUAAAAGCUUAGAGUGCAUGCACCUGUGUUUUAGUUAGCAUCUUUGUUAAUUAACUUUAUAUAGUUUACUGAGUGAAAAGCACUGUAAUUUUUUUUCUCUUGCUAACUGAUAAUUUUAAUUGGAAUUCAUACAGACUUUUUCUCUUCUGGACUGUGGCAUUACUCAGCUAAUUAACUAAUUAAUUAGUAUUAAAUAUAUAAAUGAAACACCUUGUUACAAACAGAUACAAAAACCAAGAAUAGCAAAAUAGUCAAAUACACGCGUGCAACAUACAAAGAAUUCACAACU